AUGGGGCUCUUCAAUUCGUCAAAGGCUUCAUGCCGAUCUGACCCCAAAUAUUCUCAAUUGCCUAGUCCCAAAGGCUCCAGUAUGAACGACGAUUGCCAUAUAUUGAGCGAUGUAGAGCUGGAGAGACGCUACAAUAUUUUACGAGCAGAGGAGCAUGCCAGAACCGGCGGGAAAUGUGGCCCCGAAUGGUCUCGCCAAAUCGGUCUUGAUCCAAACAACAAAGACCGCAACCGCUAUUCGAAUAUUAUUCCUUGGGACCAUUCCCGCGUGAGACUGCCGGUAAAUGACGGCGCUAACGAUUACAUCAAUGCAUCGUGGAUCCAGCUGGGUGCUCACACCUAUAUUGCUAGCCAGGGCCCGCUCGCCUCUACCUCUGCACAUUUCUGGCAAAUGGUAUACGCAUAUGGUGGCGACCCUGCCACUGUGGUCAUGCUCACUCCGGUUUACGAGCAUGUUGUUGAAAAAUGUGCCAGAUACUGGCCCUCCGACAAAAAUGCAGAUACAUUCUAUGCUAAAGAACAGGGCGACUUUGAGUUCGGGCUUCAUCUCAAGCUGGAAAAGAAAUCGGAGAAUGAGCAUUACACCUAUUCUCAAUUCAAGCUCACUCCUGACGAUCCACACCACCCCACUCACACUAUUCACCAUCUCUAUUAUAAUACUUGGUUGGAUUAUUCCAAACCCAACGCUGAUGCAGAUAUCCGGGCACUUAUUCAACUCGUCAACAAUUCCCUCAAAAACCCAGGUGCACCUUUAGUGGUGCAUUGUUCGGCUGGCAUUGGACGGACUGGUACUUUUAUCGCUAUCGAUGCCUUGCUGUCCAAGGUUGAUACAGAUAUCCGAUUGCCUAAUUUCCCAAAGGUUUCUCCAGUGUGGAAAGAAGAUAUCAAGGAGAUUACUGAUAAAAACUCACCCUUUGAUGGCGAGAGAGACCAUCAUGAUACGACUACCCCCAUAGACGCCGGCCACCUCAACCCUCUUUCGAUCAUUGCCCAGAGGAGUCCUUCGUUUGUUGCAUCAUCUACACCUAGUGAGUCAGAAAUUCCAGAUCCAUCGUCAAGGCGAAGAUCCUCUGUUUUAUACGAGUCAGUGCGCGCAAGUGAUCUACCGCUGAACGUCCUCGAAGAAGCUUCGACUGAAGAAAACACCCCGGCGCCCGAAUCAGCCAUUGCCGAUGAUAGCGAUGACUGUAGAGGAAGCGUCCCCCGUAUGCUCCUUUUUGGCUCCAAAAAAGUCGCAGACGUCCCAGCCAUCACAGUUUCCUCAUUGAGCUCUGCUCUCAAAGCAUCCAAAACUGCUAUGAACGGCCGUAGAAACGGCUUCUUGACGAAUGGCGGCGAUUUGAGCGAAUCGAACUCUACAACAAGCACAGAUCUAACUUCGUUGAGCACUGCAGCGUCGUCUGUAGGAGGGUCAGCCAAAACCGGCCCUGUUUUAGCCGGGUCAGCAAAGACAGGCCCUCUUCUCGCGGGAUCAGCAAAAUCCGGACCAGUUUUGGUAAACAGACCAUCGCAGAUUGUCCUUUCAGAUGAAUUCUUCCAGGAAAAGCCCAACGAUAUCGAUGUCAUUGAGUGGUUCGACCACGAAGACCCUGUAAUGGCGGCAGUGAGAUGUAUGCGAAAGCAAAGGCCAAAGAUGGUCCAAGGUAAGCAACAACUUGGAUAUAUCUACGAUCAGCUCGAGAUUGCUCAGCAGUUAUCAAAAGCUCACAAAAUGUCACGGAGAGAGACAUUCGCUGGCCAUGAGCUUUCGAGCUCAGGCAUGUCUAUUCACAGCUCUGAAUCCACGGUUGUUGGCAGCCUGAACCGGUCAGAAACAACCCUAAACAAACCAAAAUCGAAGAGCACUGCUGGGAGCGUCCCUGGACGCAAACUGUUUAGAAGACCCACCAUUUCGUCUAUGUUUUCGCCCAGUUCGCCAAUAGCUGCCGCAAAGCGACCCACAAAGUCAUGA